AUGUUGGAAAUAAUCAGUUUCCGAUUACGCUUUUUGUAUUGUAACGUCAUCACUUGGUCGGAUUUGGAAGGGAUUGAGGCAUAUCGCAGUGAUAGUAUAGUUUUCAAACAACCAACGUUUUGGAAGGAUUUAUCGUCUAAUUUUCGAAUCUUGCGAACAGAACUUAUUAUUGUCAGCUACAUUCGAGGUUGCUACUAUACAAAUUGGGCUCAGUAUCGUCUAGAAUCCAAUGGAGCAUUUUUACCGGAAGAUAUUGCAAGUAAUUUAUGCACUCAUAUCCUUUAUGCAUUUGCAAGUGCUACAGCAGAAGGUACGGCAAUUCCAACAGAGUGGAAUGAUGAAGCUAUCAGAUCAAGACCAGGCUUGUAUGCUCGCGUGGUUAAUUUGAAAAAUAUCAAUCCGAAACUGAAAGUUCUUCUAGCUUUCGAUGGUGGUGCUUUGGGUUCAAAAGCGUUUUCGAUAAUAGUACAGUCCAUAGAAAAAAGGAAGAACUUCACAAAAUCUACAAUAGCAUUCGUACGAAAACAUAAAUUCGAUGGAAUUGUUCUACAUUGGAAUGAAAUGGGGAAGGAAUACGAACAUGCUAAUUUCAUUAAGGAAAUUAAGGAAGCAUUUAUGAAAGAAAGUCAAUUUUCAAGCAACGAGCAGCUAGUUUUAACAAUUGCUGGUUCGGCACAGAAAGAUUCAAUCGACGCAAGCUAUCAAGUUGACUUUUUGGCGAAGAAUAUAGAUUUGCUCUUUUUGCUUGCUUACGAUUUCCACAAUGGUUUAGAGCAGACAACUGACUUACCUUCCAAACUAUACUCAUCUCAAAAAGAUGCUGUCGAUAAUGUUGUUAGUAAUUUUCAAAAAUUUUCAUCAAUUCAAAGCAUUUUUACUGCACUCUGA